AUGCCCAACAACAGAUUGACCUUCCGCCGCCGGAACCCGUACAACACGCGGUCCAACAAGGUUCGCAUCAUCAAGACUCCCGGUGGUGAGCUCCGAUACCUUCACCUGAAGAAGAAGGGCACUGCUCCCAAGUGCGGUGACUGUGGCAUCAAGCUCCCUGGCAUUCCCGCCCUCCGCCCCCGCGAGUAUGCUCAGAUCUCCCGCCCCAAGAAGAACGUCAGCCGUGCCUAUGGUGGCUCUCGCUGCGCCGGUUGCGUCAAGGACCGCAUUGUCCGCGCCUUCCUGAUUGAGGAGCAGAAGAUCGUCAAGAAGGUUCUCAAGGAGUCCCAGGAGAAGGCCGCUGGCAAGCGCUAA